GGUGUGGGCGCUGCUGUGCUGCUUCCUCGUCAGGUCUACCUGGAAAUAUGCGGCUAUUCGCUCUGAGACGACUCACACGGCCGCUGUGCCAGCGAGUCCCUGUUUGUCUCAGUGCACGUGCCCACCAGUCUCACGCUGCCACCCGUGCAGCGGAUGAAGAUCGUCCUUGGACGGGUCAGGAGAGCCUGGCUCAGGAUGACCCCGAGAUGUGGGAUCUGCUGCAGAAGGAGAAGGACAGGCAGUGCCGUGGUUUGGAGCUCAUUGCAUCUGAGAAUUUCUGCAGCCGAGCAGCUCAGGAAGUUCUCGGCUCCUGUCUUACCAACAAAUAUUCACGCAACCCUGUCAUAAAGUCUCAUGGUGGAGGAGGAGUGGUUGACCAAAUUGAGCUGCUCUGUCAGAAGCGAGCUCUGGAGGCCUUUGACCUGGAUCCAGCUCUGUGGGGCGUCAACGUCGAACUGUACUCUGGCUCUCCUGCCAACUUUGCCACUUUCACCGCUGUACUCAAUCCCCACGAUCGUAUCAUGGGCCUGGACGUAUCUGAUGGUGGACAUCUGUCUCACGGCUACAUGUCUGAUGUGAAAAGAAUCUCUGCAACCUCAAUCUACUUUGAGACAAUGCCUUACAAGCUAAAUAUUGCAACAGGACUUAUAGACUACGACCAGAUGGAGAUGACGGCCAAGCUGUUCCGGCCCAAGCUCAUCAUCGCUGGCACCAGUGCCUAUGCCCGGCUCAUUGACUAUGCCCGCAUCAAGAAGCUGUGCACCAACAUCAAUGCCUACCUGCUUGCUGACAUGGCUCAUAUUAGUGGCCUGGUGGCAGCCAAAGCCAUCCCCUCGCCCUUUGAACAUGCUGACCUGGUCACCUCCACCACGCACAAGUCCCUCCGUGGAGCAAGGGCUGGUCUCAUCUUCUAUCGGAAGGGUGUUCGCUCAGUUGACAAAAAGGGAAAGGAAAUCAUGUACGACCUCGAGGACAGGGUCAACUUUUCCGUCUUCCCCUCCCUGCAGGGUGGACCUCAUAACCAUGCCAUUGGUGCUGUAGCAGUGGCACUCAGACAGGCACAGUCUCCCCUGUUUAAGGAGUAUGUUGACCAGGUGCUAAAGAAUGCCAAGGCUAUGGCUGCAGCUCUUCUCAGCAAAGGCUACACUCUGGUAUCAGGUGGGACCGACACCCACCUGGUCCUCGUGGACCUGCGGCCCAGGGGUGUUGACGGGGCUCGGACUGAGAGGUUACUUGAGCUUGCGUCAAUCUCCACCAAUAAGACUACCUGCCCUGGAGACAAGAGCGCCCUGGCGCCUGGUGGCCUCAGACUAGGUGCUCCAGCCCUGACCUCGAGACAGUUCAAAGAAGCUGACUUUGUGCAAGUUGUCGAGUUCAUGGAUGAGGGUUUCAAGAUUGCCUUGGAUGUCACGAAAAAGACAGGAAAGCUCCAGGACUUCAAGAACUUCCUUCUUCAGGACCCAGAAACGGUGGCUCGCAUCGCAGAUCUGCGCCACCGUGUUGAAGCUUUUGCCAGGCCCUUUCCCAUGCCAGGGUUCUCCGACCAUUAGCCCACUGUGGACUCACGGGUCUAUCACAGCCAGAUGGCAGAGAGCCGGCAGGGCAGAAGUGUGGAUGGAGUGAAAUGUGGCUGGAGCCUGUGAACUGAAAUGGCUUGAGUUCGCUUUUUCAAUCAUAAAUGGGAAAUAAUUUUUUAUACUGCUUUGCAGUCACGAGUCAUCUGUUUGGGUAAAAACAUAGCUUCCAUGUUGAGUUAAAGAAACAAUCAAAUGUGACAGAUUUUCUAGAGCAGAACAACAUAUUUUCUAUUGUGUGUGUGUGAAGAUUUUCUUCUUCAUAUCAUUUUGUAAUAAAAAUGUGUGUGGAAGAAAUAAUUAGCAAAAGUCGGUGUCAUAGUGUCUGUGAUCUCAAUGAAAAAGAAAAAUCAUACUGGAUAUGUUUACUCACAGUCACCUACUAACUGGAAGGUUGGUGUUUCGAUCCCUAUCUGCUCCAGUGUGCAUGCCAAAUAUUUUUGGCUGGGCAGGCUUUUGCAAGAUACGAACACCAAAUUGCUCUCUAUCAGAGUAUGAAUGCGUGUGAAUGUUAAAUAGAAAGAGCAUAGAAAAAAAAAGUGCUAUAUAAGAUCCAGUCAGUUUACCAUUUACCCUUUAAUGUGUGUACCUGCUCUCAUCACUGAAAAGCACAAGGCUAGUGACAAUUCUGGUAUUCUAUGGCGAAUGCUAAAAGGUGCCAGGUAAUACGCACAGGGCGCACUGGAGGAUGUCAGGCCCCAGCCACCUUCAUGAAGUCUGUCUCUUAAUCUUUGGUCAGAGACAUUCACACUAGUGGCCUGCUGGAGGCCCUUUCUGUUCUCAUGUGCUCAUUCUGCUCCUACACAGUGCACAUGGUUUCAACAAAUGCGAAUAAACUGUCUACAUCACAACUCAGUCAAAACAUAUUUUACUAUAGUGUUCAGAAGUCUCUGAUUUUUUUUUUUUAACUGACAACUGCUGGUUUGAACCAAUCUUUUUCAUGUUUGUGUUCAUUUUAGUAGUGCCAUUCUAAUAAACCCCAGUAAUGAAAGUA